UUUUCUCUUGGCUAUGGAUGUUGUGAUUGUCCGUAGGUGGUAGACGGUCUCUGACUGUCGAACGCGGAGGUACCACUCGGCGGAUCUCGUAGGCGGAGCCAGAAUGUGUGCAUGUUGCAUGCACACGUGUUCCCUCGCCAGAGUCCGUGUGGCGUUCCCCCUUUCCCCUGUAUCCCCCUAUAGCCCCACAGCCUUCGUGGUGGUUAAAAUAUAAAAAAAUAUACA